AUGGACGGCGGAAGCAGCGAAGCGGCGCAAUUGGCGAGGCAGCUAGCGGACUGCAGGCUCACAGAGCGGUGCGAUCUCUGCCCGGAGGAGAUGUCGUACGUGCAGAGGUUUCACCGCCGUGAGCCAACCAGCAACCAGUGCACCUCCAUCGUCACCCAGCAUGUCAAGGCUCCUCUCCAAACGGUUUGGUCACUCGUGAGGAAGUUUGACCAGCCGCAACUUUUCAAGCCUUUUGUGACCGAGUGUGUGAUGCAUGGUAACAUGGAGCCGGGAAGUGUUAGAGAUGUCCAAGUGCAAACUGGGUUGCCAGCUACAAGGAGCACUGAGAGGCUAGAGCUGCUCGAUGACAAUGAGCAUAUCAUCAGUGUCAAGUUUAUUGGUGGUGAUCAUUUGCUGAAGAACUAUUCAUCUAUUUUGACUGUCCACCCUGAGGUCAUUGAUGGCCAUCCUGCAACGCUGGUGAUCGAGUCAUUCGUGGUUGAUGUCCCAGUGAUGAAUACCAAAGACGACAUCUGCUACUUUGUCGAGACCUUGCUGAGGUGCAACCUCAAGUCUCUUGCUGAUGUGUCGGAGAAGCGCGUCAAUCAUGCUGCACUGAACUAA